AAAAAGUUUCUGAUCCAAAGAAAGAUACGCCAACCCGUCUGAAACAACUUAAAAGUUGUGCUAGAAAAUUAUGACAUUCAGGAGGUGAAAGGAUUCUUUGAAAAUAACUACUCCCACAUCUACUAUAUCUUCUAUGAGGUGUUUGUCAAUGUGGAAACAGACCUUAAACAGAGAGCAAACAAAGCACACAGAGAAGAAUUGGAAUCCAUUCUUCAAAUAUUUGAGAAAAUUUUGUUAGUUCUGCCAGAGCUAAUUCAUAAAAGAUGGAUGUUUCACAGCAUUGGUCGGAUUUUAAAGAAGCUGCUGCAUCCUUGGAAACAGUCUGAAGCUUCGUCGAGAGGGUGUGAGACUGUUUAUGAUCUGGUAUCAGAUCCUUCAGGAGAACGCCUCAGACGACUGUCACCAAAUGUUCUUCAAACUGGUACCUGGCCUGGGAGACACCGAAACCUUCAAGGCCUUUGAUGCUCGCUUUGGCAAUUACGUGGCUGACAGUUAUGGGGGCAUCAUUGCUGCUGGUGAAAUUGCUCCAAUUUAUCUGGUCACUGGAGAAAAACAGCCAGAGAACCUGACAAAGUAUUUUCUGGAAGCCCUGUUAACCUUCAUGGUGUCUGAGGUCACCAAAGUUGAGUGGAUGAACAAGGAGAUGCGGGAGACCAGCUUCGUGUUUCUGUUUGACAAGUUUAAAGAAUCCUACCUAAAAUGUUUACUGCCUGACUUCAGAAAGGACCGCAGUGUAUAUGUUCCCACGUUAGAAAUCCCAAUAUGGAGAAAGUUGGAAGCUGUUCACACAGAGGAUGUUCCCAGCUAUGUGGCAGCCUGUCAAGAUUCCUUUAUUAAAUGGCUGGCCAACUUUGCCAUCACUUCAAGGAGACCAGAAGUGCCUGUAGGACCUGCCAACAGGUCAGAUGAAGAUGGCAAGGAGAGCUCAGAUGACAAGGUAGACAACUCUGAGCAGCAAUCUGGUAGUCAGAGCAGCACACUGACCAGUGGUUCUCAGGCUGUGGAGAAGGACUCUGCUGACUCGAGUCUCUGCAGCGAUGAACACAGCCAGUCUGAGUACGAGAUUGUCCGUGGAGUUCUCUACUCUACAAGGGAGAAUGUGAACAUUGUACAGGAAAUCUUCAGACAGGCACUCCUGUUCUCCUUUGAGCAUGCAGCAGCCAUGAAGAGAGUUAUCAGUGUAUACAAAGACUGGUUUCAGCAUGUAGAGCAGCGGCCCGUGUUUAUGCAGGAACCAAGUGUGGAUGUGACUUCGGGUCUGGAACAGAGAGGAACACCUGAAUUCCACCACAGUAGUCUCUCUGACAUCAUUGAGGAGAGUUCAUCUGGAGUAACAGAAUUUGUGCUCUGGAAGCUACAUUAUACUGAUUCGUCUCCCUUACCCUCCACACCUCGCCAGAUGGUUUCCUUAGAGUUACCAGAGAGACAGAGAACAGUGAGGAAUGCCUCUUACCUGGGUGCGAUCCAGGACCUGGCAGACAGCGGGGAUGAGAGUCACAUGGACGUCAAGGCAGGGCUUCAGCGCGUCUGUCAGGUGUUCAUAACGAAUGCCGCUAAUGUGUUCCUGCAGGAGGUCCAUGAUGAGAACCUUUUAAAUGAACAGGUGGAUUUGUGUAAGAGAGUCCUCAAUAUCUACAGAUAUAUCGUCAUGAACAUACCCAUACAGCAGCAGACAUGGGAGCAGAUAUUGAGGGUACUAUUAGGCAUCACCUCGGGAGUUCUCAGGGAAUGUCCCCCUAAAGACAAGAGUAAGACCCUGGGAGGACGACUUGCUCAGCCUAUUUUUCAGACAUUGAUAGUAACGUGGAUUAAGGCCAACCUGAAUGUGUUCAUCAGCUGUAAGCUGUGGGACCUGUUCCUAGAGGUGCUGUCCUCUCUCACCCACUGGGAGGAGCUGAUCAGAGAGUGGGCUAAAACAAUGGAGACGUUGACACGAGUGCUGGCUAAACAUGUGUAUAACCUGGACCUGUUAGACCUGCCCUUACAGAGGCUGAGUGAGCAGAAGGAAAAAAGACGGCGUGGCAGGAGUCAAGGCCCACCAAAAGUUCAGAAUAAGGAUAAGACAUUCUCGCGAGCUAUUCUGUCACCUGCGAAGGCACCCUCUGCGACUGCAGCAAACGCCUCACCAGCCGGGGUUGAUGUGCCAUUUGAGCGAGGGAAGUCAAGAUCAGAAGGUAAGUAAGAUGGAAAUGAAUUAUGGCAUAACAGGACUUUGUGAGUAAGUUUAUCUGGCGUCACACAUUUAGUGCAUGUAUGCAUUGUGUCAAAGGGAGAGUUGACUUCUUGUGACCUUAUUUGGUUCCCCAGUUUAUGUCUAUAAUUUAUAUCCCCAAAACUGUAAAACCAUGUUAAGCAAACAGUUUUAUCUGUAUCCUUGCCCUUAUUGUCCUGAAUUUCUGAGCAGUGUAGUUUAAAUUGAUCAUUUCACUGCUAACAU